UUGUAAUUAUAUUGCUACCACCAUAGGACAGGAGGAGCAGCACCUGGAUUUUCUGUCCCAGGUACCAAAAUGUCUUUUCUGUUCAGAAAUUACAGAAGCUGUCCUCCCCAAUUUACCACUUUGGGAUUUAACAAGGGGAGGGUCUGUAGCAUAGCAGUAGAGCAGAUGCUUUGCUUUCAGAAGAUCUCAGCUGUACUAUAUCACCAUCAGACACUAGCAGCUUUACAUGUUUAAACAAGGUGUUCUUUCAACAGGAUGAGUUCCAACUUGCAUCAUGGUAGUGAAUGUUGGAUCUCAGUGUCUCCUUCUUUUUGUCCUUCUCCCCUAUCCCAUGUUUAAUUUUCCUUGCAGCUGGAUCCUAGGCACAUUGUAAAUUUAUUCUACAGUGGCUGACACCUGUUUUAUUAAUAGGGAGGGAACCUGGAGAAGUACAUGAGGAAGGAUAUAAUAGUAAAGAGCAUGACAGUUUGUGGCAAUGAAAGAAUGGAAUGACCAGCACUUAAUGAGAGGACUAUUUUUAUACAGUGAUCUCGUCUUGAACCAAUUAAUCUCAAAUGCAAUGCAUUCUGCUGUAUUAUCUAUCAAGCUCUUACUCAUAGUGGAAUGUCCCUGAAAUGCAGCAAUGAGUGACCCCAGACUGCUGUCAUUUUAGUGGCAUUUUGGUGGUAAUUUUGACUUCCCUUUUUUAGCUUAUUUCUAAUGGUUGGCUUACUUGUCUUGCACCCCAUAUUACCAGUGUACUCCCAGAGGUGCACCUAGAUAAUUUUGGAGCCUGGACCUAAAGGCCUUUGGAGCCCCUGGCAAAUUAAGCAUCAUCAUGCUCAGUCAGAUGACCACACCACCCACACCCAGAACAGACUCAAGAAGUUUUAGGGGUGCCCAGAGGCUGUGGAGGCCCUGGACUUUAGCCCAGAAGUCCAGAGGUGCCCUUGACCUCCUGUUCUCAGGUGCCUGAAAACUGACAGCUUGGAUGUAUGAUGACGUCUUGUUCCUCCUCUUGCAGGGAGCUGGUUCUAUGACCUGUGCCAGGCACAGGUAUUGGCUUUCAGCACGUGAUGAAAAAUAUUAGAGAAAAAUAACUCGCCAGUGCAAGCCAAAACCUUGCAUAGCUGUAGUGGAUGAACAUGCCCAGCUUACCUAAGGGCUUAAGACCAUCUUGUGCAUUCUUCUCAAGAGACUACCACACACUUAUGUGACUGUAUGAAUAGGUCCUUGUUCAGCCCUACUAUGUAGUGUUGGUCAUGGGCAGAUAAGUCAGGCAAUCUAUGGGAUGCCUAAUUGGAGCUACUGCAGGUGUGACAUGAGAGCCGACCACAGUGGAACCAGAUACCGUGUUGCAGAGGUAAUGUUUGCACUGGACAUUUCUUCUGAGGACAAAUCAUAUUGGAGAGAAUAGAAGAAGCUGCAUUGGACUGGAUCAGGCCAUUAGUCAUUCUAGCCCAGCAAGUUGCUUCCACCCUACUAAAUAUGAGUCAGCCAUCAUUUCAAAAGGUGACCCUUCCCACUUAGGAAGGGCUAGGAUUGCAGAUGGCAGAGAUUGAUCCUGGAAUCUUAUGCACCCAAAGGGCAAUAUUUGAUGACUCUGCAAAAAAGGAUGAGGAGGUGUUUCGUAUGGCAGUUUCUGACCUCAACCAGAAUGAUGAGAUCUUACAGACGGAGAAAAUCACAAUUUCUGUGACUUUUGUGGAUGGCAACAAUCCAUUUCAGGCAGUUCAAGAAGCCUGUGACCUUAUGAACCAUGGCAUCCUGGCUCUUGUCAGUUCCAUUGGCUGUACGUCAGCAGGAUCCCUCCAGUCCUUGGCAGAUGCUAUGCACAUCCCUCACCUCUUCAUCCAGCGGUCGACAGCUGGAACUCCAAGGAGUGGCUGUGGAACCACCAGGAGUAAUAGGAAUGAUGACUACACACUUUUUGUCCGUCCGCCUGUCUACAUCAAUGAUGUCAUCUUGAGGGUGGUUACAGAAUAUGCCUGGCAGAAAUUCAUUAUAUUCUACGAUAGCGAGUAUGAUAUCCGUGGAAUACAAGAGUUUUUGGACAAAGUGUCUCAGCAGGGAAUGGAUGUAGCACUGCAGAAGGUAGAGAACAACAUCAAUAAAAUGAUCACAGGGCUCUUUGCCACCAUGCUGAUUGACGAACUGAAUCGCUACCGAGAUACUCUGAGACGGGCCAUUCUGGUAAUGAACCCAUCGACGGCCAAGUCUUUCAUUGCUGAGGUCGUGGAAGCCAAUUUGGUUGCUUUUGACUGUCACUGGAUCAUUAUAAACGAGGAGAUAAAUGAUGCAGAUGUACAGGAGCUGGUGAGAAAAUCAAUUGGAAGGUUAACUAUUGUUCGGCAGACUUUUCCAGUGCCACAGAACAUAAGUCAGCGUUGUUUCCGUGGGAACCACCGUAUUUCUUCAUCACUGUGUGAUCCUAAGGAUCCUUUCUCCCAAAACAUGGAGAUUACCAACCUGUACAUAUAUGAUACUGUACUUUUGCUGGCACAUGCUUUCCAUAAGAAGCUGGAGGACCGAAAGUGGCACAGCAUGGCUAGUCUGACAUGCAUUCGGAAGAACUCUAAACCGUGGCAAGGAGGGAGAUCUAUGCUGGAUACAAUUAAGAAGGGUGGAGUGAAUGGCUUGACAGGAGAACUGGUGUUUGCAGAGAAUGGAGGGAAUCCCAAUGUCCUCUUUGAAAUCCUAGGUACCAACUAUGGAGAAGAACUUAGCAGAGGUAUCCGCAAGCUUGGCUGCUGGAAUCCAGUCACAGGUCUUAAUGGAUCAUUAACUGACAGAAGGUUGGAAAAUAACAUGCGAGGAGUUAUUCUGCGUGUAGUGACAGUGCUGGAGGAACCAUUCGUGAUGAUGUCAGAAAAUGUUUUGGGGAAACCAAAGAAAUACCAAGGCUUUUCAAUUGAUGUCUUGGAAUCCUUGUCUACUUACCUUGGCUUUACGUACGAAAUUUAUGUUGCACCAGAUCACAAGUAUGGACGCUCUCAAGAGAAUGGGACCUGGAAUGGACUGAUAGGAGAACUAGUGUUUAAGAGAGCUGAUAUAGGCAUUUCUGCAUUAACCAUCACACCAGACCGAGAACAUGUGGUUGAUUUUACCACCCGAUACAUGGACUACUCAGUGGGGGUACUGCUUCGGAAGGCUGAAAAGACAAUGGACAUGUUUGCCUGUCUGGCACCCUUUGACCUCUCCCUGUGGGCCUGCAUAGCAGGCACGGUGCUUCUAGUAGGACUAUUGGUAUACUUGCUGAAUUGGCUCAAUCCACCACGCCUGCAAAUGGGAUCAAUGACUUCAACAACUCUCUACAAUUCCAUGUGGUUUGUGUAUGGAUCCUUUGUGCAGCAAGGUGGAGAGGUUCCUUACACAACACUGGCAACUCGGAUGAUGAUGGGCGCUUGGUGGCUUUUUGCCUUGAUUGUCAUCUCCUCCUACACAGCCAAUCUAGCCGCUUUCCUCACCAUCACUCGUAUUGAGAACUCCAUCCAGUCUCUCCAGGAUCUCUCCAGGCAGGCUGAUAUUCCUUACGGCACUGUUCUGGAUUCUGCAGUCUAUGAGCAUGUUCGGGUGAAAGGGAUGAAUCCUUUUGAGAAGAACAACAUGUAUUCUAAGCUGUGGCAGAUGAUUAACCGAAGUAAUGGCUCAGAGAAUAACGUGCAGGAAUCCCAAGCUGGCAUUCAAAAGGUCAAAUAUGGAAACUAUGCCUUUGUAUGGGAUGCAGCCGUUUUGGAAUAUGUUGCUCUCAAUGACCCAGAUUGUUCCUUCUACACUGUUGGAAACACUAUCGCAGAUCGCGGAUAUGGAAUUGCCCUUCAGCACGGGAGCCCCUACAGAGACGUGUUUUCACAAAGGAUUCUAGAACUUCAGCAGAAUGGACACAUGGAUCUACUGAAGCAUAAGUGGUGGCCAAAGAAUGGCCAGUGUGACCUGUACUCCUCUGUGGACCCCAAAUAUAAAGGAGGAGCAUUGGACAUAAAGAGCUUUGCAGGUGUAUUUUGCAUACUGGCGGCUGGGAUUGUUCUCUCCUGUUUAAUUGCAAUGUUGGAAACAUGGUGGAAUAAAAGAAAAGGCUCACGAGUUCCUUCAAAAGAGGACGACAAAGAAAUUGAUCUGGAGCACCUCCAUAGACGAGUGAACAGCCUCUGCACAGAUGAUGAGAGUCCCCAUAAACAGUUUUCCACCUCGUCCAUUGACUUGACUCCUCUGGACAUUGACACUUUGCCCACGCGCCAAGCACUGGAGCAGAUCAGUGACUUCAGAAACACUCAUAUCACCACCACAACGUUCAUACCAGAACAGAUCCAGACUCUCAGUCGUACACUAUCAGCUAAAGCUGCUUCUGGAUUCUCUUUUGGCAAUGUGCCCGAGCACCGAACUGGCCCUUUUCGGCACAGGGCUCCAAAUGGGGGCUUUUUUAGAAGUCCCAUCAAAACAAUGUCCUCAAUUCCAUAUCAACCUACUCCGACUUUAGGGCUCAACAUUGGUAAUGACCCGGACCGAGGCACCUCUAUAUAAAGCUUCAGACGUCGUUUUGUCGCUGUUUCUUUUUAGGACUCCCUUUCCAAGGAGCGGCUGUGAUAUUGUGGGACUAACAUGGAUGUAACUUUUUAAAAAGAAUUCAGGAGUAUUAGUAACAACUCACUAUCCUUCCUCUCCCCCUCCUUUUUCUCACUUUCUCUCUGACACUACUUGAGGCCAUGAUUUUCAGCCGAGCUCUCGUAGAGUAGUUCCAUGGGCUGAACUGGUGCAACUCUGGAGCACGUGCUCUCUAGAAUGUAGUAUGGCCCCGACUCUGCAACCAUCAAACCAACCCAUUAUGGUCAGUGGGAUUACUCUGAAGUAAGCAUGGGGAGUGCAACCGUUCAAAAACUCCCUUGCCUCCUCACUCGUAUUCUGUCAGUUCACAUUUCGUAUACUUGAGGUAUAGGAAAUGAACACUGAGUCUCCUCUGCAUCAAAGAUCUGGGGUUAUUUCACUGAAAGACCUCUGUAUUGUUUCUCCUUUUAAGUUUUGAUACAAUUGCAAUAACUUCAGUCUUUUCUCUUUGUUCUGCUGCAUCCGUUCAGUGCUUCACUGCUGUUGUGUGUCCUUUUAACUGUGGACCAAAGGCAAACCUUGCAGAAAACAAAAAUAAACCCAAAAAGAAAAAAAUAUGAGAGAAAGGGGAAAGAGAAGAGAGAGACCUUUCAGGCCACCUAAUACGAGAAUGCAAUUUUGUAGGAUUUCAAGAAGCCAUUGCUAUGCCAGUAAAGACUACAAGUUAAAUCUACUUUUGCACUGCAACAGUGCAUAUGACCUUUAUGUGAUUGUACAGUGUUUAAAAGGUUUUUUUCUUAUGUACAGUAAGCUGUAUCAUAUGGCCGAAUCCUCUGUUCUGUUAAACAAAUUCGUAUCUCAUACAUAUAUAUAUAUACAUACAUAUAUAUACAGUGUGGUAUACUGUAUGUAUAUAUAUACACAUGUAUAUAUCUAUAAAAUGGCAGCCGGAGCUACUGCAAAUUUGUCUAAUAAAGCUUUAGUUUAAAAAAACGUGUUGUAUACUGGAAAGAUGUACAGGGCAGGGGGUCUUUUCACAAAGAAAAGGCAGGGUGCUUUAAUGUUAUUCUGAUUUGCAUUGUUUGAUAGAGCAUAUUUUAUACUUUUUUAUUGGAACAUCCAGGGCAAUGUAACGUUUGUACCUAGAUGUAACUUCAUUGGUUUAGGUUUUUGCAUUGGCUAUUGAGCAGUGUACAAGGUUAACCUUGGUCGUUUUAUUUUUUUAAUUCAUUUGGCAAAAUGGGAAGCACUCUUAGGCAAAAACCACAUCCAGGGUCAGCAGAUGUCUAGCUCUUAAGAGAGUUUGAAAAUAGAUCAAGAAAGGUUGAUAGGUUCUCUUGGAAAUCAGUACUAUCAAUUUUUGUGAAUGUGGUGUGAGUUGGGGAGGGGAGGCUGUUGAGAAAUAGCGGUGUGGCCUUAACUGCAAUCCUAUAUUACUCCAAGAAUAGAGGGGGCGGGAAGAAUGGGCUCUUGUUUAAAUCUUUAUUACAUAUUCAAUUAUAGAUGUAUUUUUGACGUGAGUGCCAAUUGUAUAGAAUGAUAAACAGUCUACUGAUGACAGCAAAAAUAGUGCCUCCUUUGACAUGGUGGCAUUUUUGAAGCUAACAUUCUUACCUGUUUAGAACUGUAAAAUGAGCUUUCAGUUGUAAUCCUUAAAAACUAAAAUGCGAUUAAGUAGAAAGCAAGCCAACUUAUCCUGUGUUUUACUUUUCAAUUUUUUUAAUACUUAUUUUAACCUAACUCAAUUCUGUGGCUAGGACUUGAUUAUAGGAACCAACUUAGGUGAUCUGCUUUAGGAGAAAUUUCAAGGUAUAUUCUUCAGAUCUAUUCUAUUUUAAUGCUUAAUUCUGUUCUGGGAGAGCAUCUUGUACCGUCACUGUUUUUUGUAUGAACUCUUCAUGAUAUUGUCUACUGUGUAAGGCAGAACAAUUUUCUUAUCAUGCAAAAGGCCAUUUUGUUUCCAGGGUACAAGUGUUUAAAGCAUGCACAACUUGUUUCCCCUUGUAACAUUCAUGAGCUCCUACACAACUGAUUUUUUAAAAAAAAAACACAUAAAAGAAAUUUCUUUACAACAAGCUAUAGGGAUAUACCAGAUGUUGCGGUGAUUUUAGUGAUAAACAAAUUAUUUCGAUGUGUUGCCUAUUAUACUGAUACACACAAACACAUUUUGGAGGCCUCAGUUACAAGUGGCAGAGCUUUCCGUGUAUAAUUUGUCUAAAUAAUUUGUCUAAUAAAAUCGUUUUCUAAACUUG